AUGAAUAUGAAUAUAAACAGAUGUUAAGAUUGCGGAAAUAUCCAUCCAAGAUAACCUUGUGCAGCUUAACCAGUGAAAUUUAUCUGGUAUAAUAGUUAGUAUUCAAUAGGCCUUAUGAAGGUAAAGAAGUUUUAAUAUUUGGAUCAUGGAAUCUCUUCUAAGUUGGAACAAAAUUAAUUGGAAAAAAAUGUACUUUAAAUUUGGCAGUUGGAUAAUAUGAAUAUAAGUUCUUAGUAGAUAAUCAUUGGAGAUAUUUGUAGAAUGAGGAGAUUGUUCAUGACAAUCAUGGAUCACACAAUAAUAUAGUAAAAUUUAUAAUGAUUACAGAUUUAAGUGCUACCUAAGAGAGCAUAUUAGAUCUUUGAAUCGAAUGCCAAACCUUUGAUAAGGCUGUUUGAAAUGGCUGAUGAAGUAAUAGGAUCAUGGGAUAAUUGGAGUUAACCUAUAAAAUUGUAAAAGAGAUACAAUCAAUUUAAAUUAUGUGAUGAAUAUUAUACUUAUAUUGAUUUGCAAGAAGGACGUUAUGAAUUCAUAUUUAAAAGAGGAAAGGAAUACUUUCAUGAUAGUUGCUAACCAACUAUAUCAAAUGCAUUUGGAAAGAAAAAUAACAUCGUGGUUGUUUUAAUAAACAAAACAGAAACAUAAGAACUGGAUUUCAAUAAUAUUUAUUGGACAAAACAUGACUUAUUGUAUCAUACAUUCGAUCAUAUAUAUGGGCAUUCAAUGACAAGCAUUGGAAAUUAAUUUUAUAUAUUUGGUGGAGCUCCAAGUCGAAAUGAAAUUUAUAAAUUAUCAUUUGGAGAUCAUUAAUUAAAUUUAGAAGAAACAGAAGGAGAGAUGCCUAGACCUAGAGCUUAUCAUAAUGCAAUAGCAUAUGGAGAUAAGAUUUUAUUUUUUGGAGGUGUUGAUGAGCAUUCUAUAUUGAAUGAUCAUUUUGUUUAUGUGACUUCAGCUAAAACUUGGUACUUGGCAAAGACAGAUAAGAAAUGGACUGAGAGAGAAAGAGCUAGUUUAACUUUUUAUGCAUAGGAAGAAUUAGUAAUAUUAUUUGGUGGAUACUAUUUAUCACCAGAUCUUGAAGUUGAGUUGAUUUACAAUGAUGUUUAUUAUAUGAACAUUUAAAAUAUGCAAUGGGUGAAAUUGAAUAUAAAUAAUUAACCAUAGCCAAGAUAUGGUCAUACAGCAAUUUAAGUUAAUGAAAAGAUGUAUAUAUUUUGUGGAAAGAAUUAAGAUGAAUAUUUUAAUGAUAUUUGGAUGUUAAACUUUGAAACAGUUUAAUGGCAAUAAAUUUAAACUUUAGGAGUUGCUCCAGAACCUAGAUAUGGUCAUACUACUAAUUUGAUUAAAUCUAAAAUUUGUAUUUUUGGAGGUAGAAAUAGCAAAUCUAAUCGAUUAAAUGAUUUACAUUUAUUUGAUUUCACUACUAAUACAUGGAUUACUCCUACUUAGUAUGGUUAAAUGCCAUCUCCAAGAUAUUUUCAUGCUGCUGAUAUUUAUAAUGAAGAAUAAUUAUGGAUUUUGGGUGGUAAUAUUGGUCUAAAGUAAUUAUUAAUUAAUUUUUUAGACGUAAUGAACAUUUCUAUAUCAUGAACUUUGGAAAGUAGGAAGAAACAACAUAAGUAUAAUAAUAAAUACAACAAUAACAAUAAUAAUAAUAAUAAUAAUAACAAAAACAACAACUUAUUUGAUAAAUGCAACAAAUCCAAGAGCUUUUUAAAUAAAAC